AUGGAUAAGAUGGCUCAAGGUCGUCCUCACAACGGCUUGAUCCUCGAAGCCUCGCCCCUGCCAACACUUCCCACAAAAUCGCUAGGCAAGAUUAGUGUAACAGACACUGCCAUCCCCAUCGACCUCGCCGACCAAAGUGCCGAAGAAGCAAAAGUAAACGGCACCCCUCCAACCAUCCCCUUCCACUACGCCCACACAUGGCGCAGCCCUCUAGUCCUCCUCCUCGACGGCAUCCUAGACCCAGGCAACCUAGGUAACAUCCUGCGCACAGCACACUUCUACGGCGUCGACGCAGUCGCCAUCUGCACAAACACCUGCGCACCCGUGAAUCUACCCAUCGUCCAGAAAGCAGCUUCAGGAGCCGCAGAAGCAUUAACUAUUCUCUCCAUCCCCACACCUGCAAACUUCAUCACUACCUGCAAGAAACGCGGCUGGACCGUUCAUGCCGCCGUAGCUCCCAACGCCGCAUCUGCAAAAUCGGCAAAGGGUAAUUUGGUCACCUCAAACAUGAUCUCGCCACUCUCGAAGAGUCCAAGUAUCUUGAUGAUCGGUGCUGAAGGAGAAGGUCUUCGUGCCAAUCUUGCUACAAAGGCCGAUGCCAAUGUAGGCAUCAGAGGUGCCAAGCCUGCUCUUCCUGGACUCGAUGUCGGCGUUGACAGUUUGAACGUUGGCUCGAGUGUUGCGGUGUUGCUCGAGGCUUUCUUCAGAAAACCUGAUAAUCUUGAAGAUAUUCCUAAGGAUAUACCGAGGGAUGGUAGUGUUGCCGGCAGGAUCGUGUGA